UGCGUUUGACAAUAAGCAAAGUUUCUUAAGUUUUUAUAAGCGAAAGUGGGUAGAAUUUCUAAUAAAGUAAAAAACAAUACAAUUGAAUGAACUAGAAAGGGUUUCAUCAGUGGUAGUGACUACAAACCAACGACGAUGGCAAAGGCGGUGAACAAUAUGGGAAUGUCUAUAGUGGAGCCUAACGAGCGUAUGCGCUUCCUAUCCAAUCACGGCAAUAUUAUAGAAGUGGACGCAAACGUUCCAGUUACACGUUACUAUCGCUCCGGCACCGAAAUGUUACGCAUGGCAAAUGUUUACCUCACGGAGGGUAAUCAUGAGAACGCAUUUAUCCUUUACAUGAAGUAUAUGACACUAUUUCUUGAGAAGAUACGUGCACAUCCCGAAUAUCCAAAAAUCAAGUCUGAAGUAAAAGUAAUCAAUAAACGCAUUAAGGAAGAAAUUAUGCCGACCACUGAGAAAUUGCGUACCAAACUACUUGAUCGCUACCAAAAGGAGUAUGAACAAUUUUUGGCUAACAAAGAGGCGGAGAAAGCGCGUGAAUUGGAACGUGAGCGUCAAAGACGUGCGGCUGCUGGUGGAAGUUCUAGUGGUGGCUCAGCUGCUCAUAUACCCACCAAUCUGCAUGUGCAAAUAGAUCCAAACAUGCAACCAAGUGCGCCUGAUUUAGGACUGCUAGAUAAGGUAGUUUAUCCAAGCGAUUUUCCAACCGGUACAAAUCGUGUUAGUUCGGGGCUGCUUUUGCCCGGCGAUGCGGACAAAGAAGGCGCAAAAUCAAUAAGCAAGCCACCCAGUUUCGAUCGUAACCAAAAGCCACAUUACGAACGUUCCGAUUCCCUACUGGCGGGCUCACUGCGGACGGUUAUCAUACCCGAGAACACAAUGGAAGUGUUCUUACAAAAGGCGCAAAGCAAUACUUUAAAAAACAUCGAAACUUGUGGCAUUCUAGCUGGUCAUUUGGCACAGAAUCGUCUAUUUAUCACACAUAUUAUCAUACCAAAGCAACAGGGUACACCUGAUAGCUGUAAUACAAUGCAUGAGGAAGAGAUAUUCGAUGUGCAAGAUCAACAGAAUCUUAUAACUCUAGGUUGGAUACAUACUCAUCCAAGCCAGACAGCUUUUCUCUCUUCGGUGGAUUUGCAUACACACUGUUCAUAUCAGAUGAUGAUGCCUGAGGCAAUAGCCAUUGUUUGUGCGCCCAAGUAUCAGACCACUGGUUUCUUCAUAUUAACACCGGAUUAUGGUCUGGACUAUAUUGCACAAUGUCGGCAAACCGGUUUUCAUCCACAUCCUAAUGAGCCACGACUGUAUAUGGAAUCGCAGCACAUUCAGCUCGAUGCUCAAAGGAAGAUACAGGUGGUCGAUCUGAGAAGAUAGUAUGUAGAGUUUUAUGUUUGAAGAGGCCUUAUUUUGUAAUUGAAAGCAGAAAGAGGAGAAGAGUCGCCAAGCGAAUUUAAAUAGCGUUAAAUUAAAAAGUCUUAAUAAUGACGUUUUCUUUUCUGGUUGGAAAUGUUGCAUGUCGGGUGAACAUUUAGAAUAUAAAAUGUCACAGUAACGAUUUACAGUAGUUGAAAUGGAGAACUCCACCUACGAAGCAGCUUGCAAUUUUGUAUGCAUGCAACAUUUGUAUGAGAAAAGAAGACACCAUUGGAUAAAGGCACAUUAUUUGUAGGCAAAAUAUAUUUUUUAAAACUGGAAUAGUUCCUUUUGCAAUAAAUUGAUCAGAAAUACACAUACAAACAUAUAUUUUCUGCUUUAUGUGCGCGCGUGUUCAAUUGCUAGUGCAAGAAAGAAAUUACUUUAUUAUGCUGUAAGCAAAGAAUUUUUUUGAAUAUAUAGUAUAAGAGCACGCACGAUUGGCAACAAAAUUGUUUAAAGAAUAUGCAAAAACAAAAUAUAUCAAAAGCUGAAGACAUAUUUUUAGACAUGUUUGUGCUGAAGGAGUAUAUUUAUAUGAAAACAGUUUGAUAUUUGCAACUUGAAAUUAGACGCUUGAGAAGAAAAACGAAAAAAUAUUUAAAAUUUAAAAUAAAAAUUAUAAAAUAUUUUGUUUCCAACAGCAAAUAUCUAAACAAAAAGCGAUAUAUAUAUAUAUAAGAAAAUUAGCAUUUAAAAUAAGAAUUGUUGUUGUAACACAGACUUUAUUUAUUUAUUUAUUUCAUUUUUUAUUUUGCUAGACGGUUUGGUUAGAGCUGCAUUUUGUACGCUUCAAUGUGAUUUUAUUGAUGGCUUAUUUAUCAACUUAAAUUUAGCUUAAAUUAUUAUUAAUUAACAUAAAUAAUAUAGUUCUAAUAAUAUUAAGCAGAGUUAUGCAAAAACAAUAAUAUAUUUAUUACAUUAUAUAAAUGUAAAAACAAAAACAAAAACAAACAUAAUGCAAGUAAAUAUGUAUACAAAAUAUUUAACAAGAAUUGAGCAACACUGACCUUAAUCUAACGACCAAUGAUUACAAUAACUUAAUGUAUGACAAAGAGCUAAAUCAAAAUAAAUGAAGAAAAUGCAA